UGGCUACGCUACUGAAGGAACAGCCAGAAAACCCCAAGUGCUUUGCUGAAAGCAAGAAAGACUUAACAUGUUUCUGGGAGGAAGACGAGGAAAAGGCUGGUUCUGUGGAUCAGUACUCCUUCACGUACACCUACCAAAAUGAAGACAGCCAGCGGUGCCCGUUGAGAGUCGUCCCUGCAGCAGAUGGGAAGACGCUGUUCGUCUGCAGCCUGGAUGAAACCCAGCUGUUUGUCCAAAUGGACAUCCAAGUUCAUCGGGAGACAAAACUGAUCCACGAUCGUAUCCUCUUCAUCGAGCUUGUCUUUCUUCUCGACCCUCCUACGAACUUGACGGUGAACAGGAUGGGCAAACCGGGUCAGCUGAGGGUCACCUGGCUGUCUCCCUCUCUUAAGUACAUGGACGACAGCAUGUUGUACGAGGUCAGCUAUGCUGCAGCGGACAGCCGCGCGGUGCAGGUCGAGGAGGCAAGAGCCGCUUCAGAGUUGAUCCUGAGAAACCUGCAGCCGGGUACAAAGUACAAGGUUCAAGUCCGUGUGAGGCUGGAUGGGAUUAGCUACAACGGCUACUGGAGUUCCUUCAGUGAACCAGUGUUCAUAGAAACGCUGCCGGGAGAAUUUAACCCGCUCAUCUUGUCGCUGACUCUCACCAUCUCCUUCGUCCUCGUUGUGCUGUCUCUCACCAUCCUCCUGUCCACACGCAGGUUUCUUACAAAGAAGAUUUGGCCGAUUAUUCCAACUCCUGAGAGCAAGUUCCAGGAUCUUUUUACUGUUUACGGUGGAGACUUCCAGGAGUGGUUAGGCCACACCAGUGGAGGCUUGAGGUUGACUCCAGCUUUCUUCUUCUCAGAGGAACGCCCCUCUCCUCUGGAGGUGCUGUCGGAGCUCAGUCUUCUCCCCUCUCAGCCUCUGCCACCCAGGGUCUCCAGAGCUUCACCCGCAGACAGGAAGGAGGACGUGGACGCGAAGCGGCCGGAUGAGACAGAGACGUUAGAGAUGGACAAUCCUGCUCUGACAGACGGAUGGAGAGCAACGCCACGCGACCACUGGCUGAUGGACCGCUUGCGUGCGCUCCACCAGCACCCGAUGCCCUGCUCUCAGUCCUCUCUGCUGGAGUCUCAGGACACAUACGUCACUCUCAGUAACCACAACCACAGCGAGGGCGAGCACCUGGAUGAUAUUCUUGAGGAGACCUUACCCCUCGAGGUGCUUUUUGCCUCCAGGAAGACUGCACUGUGUGAAUCCCACUCUGACCUGGGGUCAGUGCAGCAGAGCUCCGGUUCAGGUGGUCUUUCGUCCAAGUCCAGCUUCGAGUUCCCAAACCAAACCUGGGCCCCCCAGGACCUGGGGUACACCUACAUGGCUGUGGCAGAUUCUGGGGUCUCUAUGGAUUACAGCCCCAUGAGCAGAGUGGACGAUUUCGGGAAAGUGGUUAUCUACGCCAACGACUAUAAGAAUGAGAUCCCCUCUCACAGGAGGCCCUUCCUGCCAAGGCAUCAGCCUGUGCUUGAUGACGGCUGAGACGGAGCUGAGCUGAACCGGCGGCACGUGGACAGAGACUUAGACGGAGGGUAUCUGGAAUUGUACCCACAACCACAUGGCCUCACAACAACUGUUAAGAAAGGCGUAUCCAGGAUUCUGGCUCUGACUGACACACGGAGCUGACUCACACUUCGUGUAAGCCGAAGGGCUCCAUGUCCAUGUACAUACCAUCUCCACUUUAGCCAAGUCAUCCCUGUUCUGUAGAGGACAGCUCCAUUACAUGGAAAUGGCAGCUGGCAGCUUCUGCAAGGAAAUAUGUUUGAGAUAAGUUUAGUAUUAUCUUUAAGCUUCAAUAACCAACCAGCUUUUAAAUUAAAAUACCGAGUAGAUGUACAGAAAGAGAACUUUACAGGCUGAUGCAUUUCCUUUUCCCUUCUCAUAUAUAUUUUUAUUUUUGUCAACAAAUCCCAUGAAAAGACUUGAACCAAAAAUCAACUGAUCCUCAUACAGAUUGUUCUUCUGUAGCCAAAGUCUAAUUAGCUCAUUCCUCUGACCUCCAAUUUUGUCUUAACAAGUAUAAAAUUAAUAUAUUUUCAUAUAAUAAACAAUAUAUAAAACAAAUAUAUUUAAUAUUGCAACAAUUUCAUGUAUAAUACACUUAAACACACAACUGAAUGUGAAACAGCUCAUGUUUGGUUAUUAGCUUUCAGCACAAUUAGCUUCAAAGUGCUAAUACUUGAUGCGGUGGUGACGUUCGUCUCGAGGGGAACAUGACAGAGGAUUGAAAUUAGAAUCCGUCCUGUGGUUCCUAAGACGCUUCAGUUAAAAAAGUAAAUGUCACACUGUUGGACGCGUGAGUCAAACACACAUUCCUCAUGUUUAAGAUCGGAGCGUCUGGACGUAGGUUUGGGAAGUUGGAAAAUAUUGGAACACCGACGUUUUUCUUCAUGGGAUUUGUUGACAAUAACUUUCAGCCUCAAUUCUAAAUCACUCUCACUUGAACUGGGCAGUUACUGAGUCAGUGUAAUUUACAAACCUGAUAAAACUGUAUUUGUAAAUAUCAGUAUGGUGUUUUUCUUGUAUUUUAACACAGUUGUAUCAGAGACUAAUCAGAAUCGGAAGUUGUUGCUAUUCUCAUAAACACAUAUUCCUAAGCAAAUAAAAUACUACUUGUACUGUAGGCUGUGCAGGAAAAGUUUGAAUAUUCACUCUCAGGUAGCUGUAGAUGGUAUUUAAAUCUAAUUUAAGUCAUCUAAAGAGUAAAGCAUACAUGACACGUCUAAACAGAGUAACAUUCAGAUUUACUGCAGUUUUUUAAUCAAACUGAAUCAUUUCUGUGUUUUUUUUUUAUGCUUAUUUGCUUUUGUGGCUUUGGAAAAUAUUUGUUUACUGGAAUUGUAACUACUCUUAAAAGUAUAUGAAUAUAUUUCUACACAUUUCUGACUAAUAUAAUAAUAAUAACAGCAGUGUGAUUAACAACUAACUGACAACUAAAGGCUUGAAAGUCAAAACUCACUCUCCAAGUUGUUUAAGUUGUUCACAGCAGCAGUUCAUCCACCCCCCCCCCCCCCAUGACAGUCCUUCAGUGUAUCACAGUGGUGACAUAGAAACGAGUCAAUCAAUCUGCAUGUCUUUGGACGGUGGGAGGAGAGAAAAAGAAGAGGAAGAAAACUCAAUAGUUUUUUUAGGAUUCACAUUUUACAUGUUUCCUAAUUAGUAUUUUACUAACGAGUAGUUCCUUCAAUGUUUUCAAUUCUCAAACAUUUAAAAUAUUUCUCUCUUGGCCGUGACAUUGUUGAUUUUUCAAAAUAAGUCUUUUCUGAUGUGUAAACUACUUUAACUGUGAUAUCAUUCACUUUAGUUCAGUUCGUUCAUGCUUGUGAUUUCCUCUCAAUUUGUAUAUCAAUGGUUUUCAACCAGACUGGACUGAAUCCUCAGGUUGUGUUGUGUUGAUUAAGGGAACAAACAUUAACAUACUAAAACAAAUAUAUGUAUUUGUAUUUUAUUUGAAUAUGCUGUGUUUUAUUGACCUUCUGUGUAAGAGUUUUUCUUAUGUUUGACAAAACCUUAAUGCGAUUUUAAAUUUUAACACAUUAAACAUUUUACAUCUACAA